AUGUGGGGCCAGCUAAUCCGACAUCUAAGCCGGCCGCUCCCUAACUACGCCCACAGUUCUGCUGCUGUCUUCCCGCCUACGUCCCAAUCACCAAUGACAUCAUCAGCAUCGUCCGCGAAGGCGCGGGAAAACUUCAAGAAGACGAUUUGCACGGCAGCAUGUCUCAUUAUCGGCGACGAAGUGCUUGGUGGUAAGCCCUUUAUCGUUUCAAUUAUCCCUGACUGGCCUGGUUGUCUUCCGCUGCAGACCGUUGAUACAAACUCCCCGCACUUUGCGGAAUACUGCUUCUCCCUCGGUAUACAGUUGAAGAGAGUAGAAGUCAUUGCAGACGAAGAGAGCGAAAUUAUCGAGGCUGUUCGACGAAUGAGUGAGAAAUAUGACUUUGUCGUAACCAGUGGAGGCAUUGGACCAACACACGAUGAUAUAACAUACCAGUCAAUAGCCCGAGCAUUCAACCUCCCACUCGUGCUCCACGAAAAGGCCCUGGAACGCAUGCGGCGGCUCUCCAAACCCCAACAGGCCGGCCCAAACUUUGACUGGGACACUCCCUCCGACGCCCUGACUGCACGACUACGCAUGGUCCACAUCCCCACGGACAAAGACCUCCCUCUUGAAGACCAGGCUCUCUUCAUCGACGAUGAUCUCUGGGUCCCAAUCACGGUGGUAAACGGAAACGUCUACACUUUGCCUGGAGUGCCGUCGUUAUUCAGGAGGUUGCUUGCCGGUCUAACCGAUACUGCUUCCUCGCCUGAUACUGAUAUCUACCCGCUGGUCGAGAGCUCGGUUGCCGCGUAUCUGACUGAUCUGGCUGCACGGGUUGAGCCCAAGGGCGUGAAGGUCGGCAGCUAUCCUAGAUGGGGGAAGAGGAGGAAUACUGUCACCCUGGUAGGCGCGGAUCUGGAGUUCUUGGAGAGUCUGGUACCGGAGGUUGAGAGAAAUGUUGAAGGGAGGAGAGUGCAGAGGGAGGAUGAGGACGAUCCUGAGGAUGUAGAGGAGGAAAAGAUAUAG